AUCCAGUGUGCAGCUCCUUGGGUUCCAUGCCCGGAGUAAAUAACAGUGGCCAGCCCCCUCCCUGUGGCCGAGCACCGGCCUGCUACUUUAAGCUAUUUACACUAAGCUAUGACGAGCUCUCCUUUAGCCCGGUCCAUGUGCGUACAGGGUAAUCCGUACAGAUCCGCACAUAUUGCAUACCUUUACGGAGUACACUAGGCCACAGGCCAGAUCUUGGUGCCCUCUCGCUAAACAACCCCGGCAGUUUCUCCUCUGUCUCGGCGCGCACCGGCCAAUACCGCUCCAACGAGUGCGGAAAUUGCCAAGUCAUGAAAGUGGCUUUUAUCGAGCACAACGCUCCCGAAACGCCCAGGGGUGGUCGUCAGGGUGGGCCAGUUAGUGGUGAUGGGCAGUCUACACUCGACAAGGGUCAGCACUUCGCACGCCUCUCCGAUAACCCUGCUACUCCGAGUUACCUGUUUAGGGGCCACCAGUCCAUGUUCAAGCCUGAAAACAGUGUUAGUAAAGCGGCCAGGCGACGCGAGAAACACAAGAACAGGAUCUCCUUUACGGAAACCAGCGAGGGUGUCUGGGUGAGGGUGCAACACCAUGGUCCCCCAGUCGAGUUUCAAGUCUCCCCUCUCCGUUGGAAGGCGGCACGCCUGGUCUACCACACCAAGCACUUCGUUUCAAGACUGAGGAGCCCGGGCAAGGUAUCCAUACCAUCACUACCACCAACAUCCACUGAUCGCAUCCCCGCCGCCGCCGCCGCCGCAUCCCGCCGCACCACACCUUCUUCCCCUUCCUCAACCUCCGAAGCAUCAUUUCUCGACCUGGCCGCCGCCGGCCCGCCGUCUUUUCUCAUCGCUGCUGUUUCCCACGCCCUCCCCCGCCCCGCCGACCGCCUCGCCCCUUCUUCUUCUUCUUCUUCUUCUGCUGCUGCUGCUGCUUUCCCUCUUGCUCGGAUCUUCCCCACCCUCGACGAGAUGACCAGCAUCCUCCUCUUGCCUUUGCACAACAGCGUCGGCGGCAGCGGCAGAGCGAGCGGCAGCAGAAGGAGCGGCGGCGGCGGCAGCAGCAGCAGCAGCAGCAGCUACCGCACCGCUAUAGCGUACCUCAUCGUGGCCGCCACGCUGAACCACAUCCGCCGGACCACCCUGUGCCCGCCAACGGUGGGGGGCUACCAGUACCCGUGGUGCGUCAUGAUGGGGGGCGUCGGCGCGAACCCGCUCGAGGACCUGCGGCUGGCUUUGUCGAACCCCGACGUGUUUGUCGGCGCCGCGCUGGCCGGCUACGGGACGCGGUGGGCGCUCGUCGCGCGGGUGGUCGGCGGGGGGGUCUUGGCCACGUGGGUGGUCGAGCUCGCUGUGGGCGCCUUGUUGCGGAGGAUCUUGUUGCUGUUUGUGACGGCGGCGGCUGCAGGAGCGCAGGAGAAGAAGGGAGUUGGGUGGAGCAGCGCGGGGAAAGGGACGUGGGAGGUCGGCGGGUCGGCGGCGCUCAAGGUGGGCUACAUGCUCUGGCUGCUGAUGGGCGUCGAGUGUGCCUUUGCGAGGGGCAUGAAUGCGGCCGCGUGGCUCGUGGCAGGGUACAAGCUGCUGCUUGUUGCCGGGGAAGAAGGCGUCGGACGCGUCGCGUUGCGGAAGGCGAUACAAGGGAAACUCCUGCAGGGGUGUUUCGUGGCCUGCCACUUGGUGUACUAUCUGAUGGGCGGGAUCGGCCCGGUGGUAUGGCGGAGCAGUGUGUCCGCAGCCAGAGGGCAGCCUGGAUCGCUGCUGACGCUCACGGGGAUUGUGUGGGGUGUGUGGAUGCUGCUGAGGUAUCGCAGCACCUUCUUCAUUGCGUUGGAGGUUAGUGGUUUCUUUAUAUUUCUUGGCUAUGUUGUAUUUGGCCUCGGGGUGUUGGCGUGGGAGUUCAUUGAUGACCCGCUGGGGUUGAAGGUGCACACUGCCCUUGAUACGCUUAACGGAAUCAAGGGAGAGUAAGCUCGACGAGAAUAAACAAGGCGCGAUUGUCGGGGAAAAGGUCCGUCUGGAGAGACCUGGAAGUGACGUAUAGACCUGGCAACCGGAGGUGAAUGGCCGGAAUUGGAUAACGAAAAUACGCGUUGAUGGACACUGUAUGUAGUGUCAGACCUCUUCAUCUAGAUACCCGCAGCCGUA